AUGUCGAAUCCUGCAGAAUCGGAUCUGAGCCGGACAGCGAGGUGGCUGGUUCCCUUUGGUUUGAUUCUAUUCCCUUUCUUCUGGGUGAAUCGUGUCAACACCGUGGUUCCAGACCCUUACCUGGAUGAAGUCUUCCACGUUCCCCAAGCUCAGGCAUACUGGGCGCAUAAAUGGACUCAAUGGGACCCAAAGCUCACGACUCCGCCGGGUCUAUAUCUGGUUUCAUAUCUGAUCUUUACCCUUCGUACUCCGGAGGCUCUGACGACGGCUGUCCUUCGCAUGACCAACAUUGGCGCCAUCUCGGUCUUGCUCCCCUGGAGAUUGCAAACAUUGCUGGACACCCUUCAGAAAACCAAAAAUACUCGUCCAUUGGGUGCUAAUCUGUCCCACACCGCGUUGAAUAUCUGUCUGUUCCCGCCCCUGUUUUUCUUCUCCGGCCUGUACUACACAGAUGUGCUUGCUUUACUCUUUGUGGUGGAAGCAUACAACUGGGACCUGAAAAGGGACUCACAGGAUGCAAUCCCUAAUGCGAAACGGAACAAGCUUUUGGAAUAUUUGGGAUUCCUCGGGUUUGCCCUGUCGGCAUUGGUCUGUCGCCAGACCAACAUCUUUUGGGUGGCUGUGUUCUUCGGUGGCCUUCAGGCUGUUCGCACAAUUAAAAGAUCUUCCAAGUCUUGUAUGUCAUCGAAAUGGAUGAAUAUUGUGAAGCAGGGUGGACAAAACGAGGUCUAUGAUCCACCUGUGUCAGGGGCUUCAUUGGAAGAUUAUGUCAAGACAGCUCUCUCUCUUGCGACUGUUGGUCUGAGAAGACCAUUUGCGCUCCUCGCUUCCGUUAUUCCGCACCUGAUUGUUCUCGGGGCCUUCGGCGCCUUUGUGCUAUGGAAUAACGGUGUUGUGCUAGGUCACAAGGAGUUCCAUACUGCAGGAAUUCACCUGGCUCAAAUGCUGUAUAUUUGGCCUUACAUCGCGUUCUUCUCUUGGCCACUCUUUGUAAUACCAUUGAUCAACAUUCUGGCUCUCAAGCCACUUCCCUCUUGGAUCAAUCUCCGCUUCCCUCCAAAGCAAGCAAAGUACCCCAGAAUCAAGGCCGCUCUGAUUGUGGUCCCGCUGAUGCUUGCUGUCGUCCACUUCAACACCAUCGUGCAUCCUUUCACUCUCGCUGACAACCGACACUAUGUGUUUUACGUGUUCCGUCUUCUGCUGGGCAUUCAUCCGGCUGUCAAAUACGCCGCCGUGGCGGUCUACUUCCUUUGUGGGUGGGCAGUCAUCUCCGCGUUUGGAUUUACCACCAUCCAACGGACACCUCGUACUGUGCGUAUUCAACAGCCCGCGGUCUCUCCUCCCAGUGCCCCUGCCGCUGCCCCCGCACCAGCUCCUGCACCAGCUCCGGCUAAGUCAAAGCCUAAGCCUAAGCCUAAGCCAGCACAGGCUCACGAGCAACCGCCAAAAGGUACCAAGAGACCUAGCAAACCCAACCGGAAAAGCAGUCCCCAACCUGUGGCCGAGAAGAGCACCGAUCCUGUGCCUGAAAAGAGCACAGAUCCCACAGAUCCCGAGGUCCUGGCCAAGGUGCAGCAACAUCUUCUUACGCGCCAGAGAGAAACAAUAGAAACACCCCGUGUCAGUUUCGUAUUGAUUUGGCUGGCGGCCACUUCGCUUUCCCUGAUCACUGCGCCGCUUGUCGAACCCCGCUACUUCAUCAUUCCUUGGGUUAUGUGGCGUCUCCAUCUUCCCCCCUUGCCCUCUCUUUACAAGCACCGGGAGACACGUCCCCGCGAGGAAGCAGCCAAGCGGAACUCUGAUUUCAUCAUCAACUCGCCUAAGUUCGUGGAGAUGGCCUGGUUCUUGAUCAUCAACCUGGUCACAGGGUAUGUCUUCUUGUACAAGGGUUUUGAGUGGCCCCAGGAGCCUGGCAAGAUCCAACGCUUCAUGUGGUGA